UGGUAUUCUCGAAGCAUUUGCGAUAGUCGAAGACGCUAUUGUUGUAGUUAAGAAUUAUCUCGAGUUUCUCAAAGCGAUUUUCUGGGGCUCAGUGUUGCCACGACUAAUGAAUUGUCAAGAGACGCUCUACCAUGGAUGGAGUUUUAUAUAAAUGGACCAACUAUAUCAGUGGUUGGCAGCCCCGUUGGUUUGUUCUUGAAGGAGGCACCCUUUCCUAUUAUGACUCGCAAGAAGACGCAUGGAAAGGAUGCAAGGGCAGCAUCAAAAUGUCUGUGUGUGAAAUACAGGUUCACCCAUCUGAUUUCACAAGGGUUGACCUGAUCAUUCCAGGGGAACAAUACUUUUAUCUCAGGGCAAUUAAUGCAGCAGAGAGGCAGAAAUGGCUUGUGGCAUUAGGAACGGCAAAAGCCUGUCUCACAGACAACCGCACCAAGAGAGAGAAGGAGCUACAGGAGAAUACAGUGGCUCUGAAAACAAAAAUGUCUGAGCUGAGGCUAUACUGCGACCUUCUCCUCCAGCAAGUGAACAAAAUAAAAGACGAUCCUCUGGCUGAGAAACCAUCUGAUUCUGAGGAGAUAGGGGAUGAGACAGGAAGUCUGGUGAAGUCCACAUGCACCACCUUCUUGAAGACUCUGGAAGAGUGUAUGCAGAUCGCCAGCCGGACGUUAAAUCCAGACCUAAUUAGUCGAACCCCUCCAGGCUCUCCCCCUGUGGCUGCCAUCAAACCUCAGAAGAUCAGACUUGCUUAUCCAAAAAAUCAGUACCCAGGAGAAAAACAGGAGGACUCCAUAAACAUGUCAGGUAUUACAUCAGCACAGGAGAGUGGACCAGAAAAUGAACCACCUCCAUCUCCACAGGAAUACAUACCAACACCUCCUGCAGGAAGCAGUUUAAUUGAGGAACAUGAAGAGCACUUGGAGCCUCACAAUGGCUCUUCAUCAAGCACACAAGACCUUGUAGAGACUGUAUCCCCUGCAGGAGAGGAAGAAAAAGACAGACCGACUGAAGAAGAUCAACAGAGCCCCACACAGAGCAAAGAGCAGAAGUUCAAUGAAGACAUCCAGGCUUACCUGGAAGUGAAUGAGCCUCAGUUUGAUGGCAAACAGGAAGAGGAAGAUAAAGUGGACACAUUUUUCAGUACCAUGAGCCACAGAUUUAGUGAUAUAAUACUGGAGGACGGCAGUGGUAUUCCUACACAGGCCUUUUUGGAUUCUUGCUAUGCUAUAGUACCAAUUUUAGACAAGCUUGGACCAAAUGUCUUUGCUCCAGUUAAAAUGGAUUUUGUGGGGAAUAUUAAGAAAGUACAGCAGAAGGUGGUGUCAGAUCCUGAGAGUUUCCCCACACUGCAGAGCGUCGUGCUGCAUGAGGUGGAGACAGAGGUGGCACAGGUGCGGAAUUCAGCUACAGAAGCGCUGCUGUGGCUCAAACGUGGUCUGAAGUUCCUCAAAGAAUUCCUUUUUCAAAUUAACACAGGGGAGAAGGACAUUCAAGGAGCUCUUAAUAAUGCAUAUGGAAAAACACUAAGGCAAUUUCAUGGAUGGGUUGUGCGAGGUGUUUUUGCGCUGGCUCUACGGGCCGCCCCAUCCUAUGAGGGUUUCAUGGCUGCUCUGGUCUCUCAUGAAGGCGAUGAGUUGAAGGAGGGCUUCACCAAAGGCAUGCAUAGAGACCUGGAGAUCUAUCUGCCUGCUAUGGAGAAACAGCUGUCCAUCCUGGACUCUCUCUAUGAUGAGUACGGCCUGGAAUCAGACGAGAUUGUGUGACUAACACAUACAAACCCGCACAGUUAUUAGAGCUUGCUGCUGACAAAAUUGAUCAGUGUUUCAGCGGCGGAGUUGUUCACUCUCUCGCUUGCUGUGAUAACCAAGCCUAAUUUGUGGAGGUUUGUGUUUAAGAAGGCAGGGAGGUUUCGGUAAGGCUGGGCUUGAUAUGACUGACCAAUAGGAGUGUUUAGAGAAUGUGGAAUCUGCAGACUCUGACUAAAAACACCAGUAACAAAUUUCCCUGCAAAAUGUAAAAAGCCACAUCAAAUGCUAAAAGUGUUUCAGGUGUUUUCAGGGAACAGAUAUAUUUUUAUAAACCUUCUGUUUUGGAGCAUCAGAGUACAAUUGGAAAAUUGUAAAGAUUGCAUACCAUAUGUUUACCUGGCAGUGAAAUCAGUGUUACUCACAGUAAAUGCACAUUUGAUUUGAUCCUCAAUUGAAAUAAUGCAUUGUAUUCAUUUAGGUACAUGCUUUUCUCUCAUCUUAGGCUAGCACAAUGAAAGGAAAAUGAUUUUUUGAGUCAUUAAGAUAUUCAUGUAUCAUAAACAAUCCAGUUACAAUACUUACAGUAUAUUACAAUAUAGUGUGGUGGCUACUGACAUUGUUUACCAUUUAGUGAAGAUGUUCACAAUGGCUCAAAUCCUGGACUCUGAGUUUCUUGGUUUAGUGGAGAGAUUCCCCACUACAGAGAACAUGUAGCUUAAAUUCUGUAAUGCAUGCCAAGUUCUGUAUUCAUCUACAAAAGGAAAAAUGUCAUGGUAUUUUCUUGCUUCCUUUAUUUAUUGACUUAUUUAUAUAAAUGAUGAUUAUAACUGUUGAUUUUAUUGUAAGAAUCACUCUAUACUUAAAUCAUAAGAACAAUAGGCCUACUAAUUUGUGCAUGUUGUGUUGCAUGGGUUCCUUUUGUAUAUUUCUAAAUGAAUCCAAAUUUAAAUUACUAAGUGAUUAACAGAUAGUAUGAGGAUGACUAUUCGAUUCAGUUUAGAUUUUAUUCUAAAUGUAUUCCAUAAAGUUUUAACCUAAAAUCCCUCUACCUGAUGAACCAACAUGGUGAUUUACAGCACAAAUAUGCUCCUUUAACAUUGCACACAUACUUUAUUUCAAUUCCAAGAAUGGCUGAGCUGAAAUGUCAAAUUUUAUCCAAUUUGUCCUCUUUGAGGCCUUGGAUUAAAUUUUUAUUAAAACAUUAAGCUUCAGAUGAAUAGCAGAGAUGUGACAUUAUGCGAAAUGUUAAUGUAUCUUUUAACCGUCUAUUUGUGAAUUCUCCAAGCAUAUUCAUAUAAAAAAAAAAAAAAAUCUUUGCACCAUUAUGUAAGUAAAUUAAGGCUUUUUUGUUUUUGUUUUCUCCCAGGAAUAGCACACAUGAUCCAUGAUGUCAUUGACUAGUAUUAAAGCAGAAUGUUUGUAUGGUAUGCCUUUUUAUAUGUACAUACUUUUAACUUUCAUUGUACUUUUUAUUUAUGUCCUAAGUGUUAUUUUUAAAUUGUAUGUCAUUUAUACCAAACUGCCUGCAAUGUGUUUUUAAUCGUAACAUUGAAUAAUAUGCUAAAUAUUUAGCAAAACAGGUAAUCAUUUAAUUUGUAUUUUCAAAAAUGUGAGGUAACUAGAGUAAUUAUCCAUGCAUUCAAGUGACAGUUUUAGAUACAAGUAAUGUUACGUGGUUGCUAUGACACUCAAUCCUUCAAUAUAUGGGUGUAGUUGGCAGGAUACUCUCAACCACAAGGAUGAUCACUAGACUCGGUAAUAAGGGCCAAGAAUAGAAAGAUUGUGUUUAUGUGCUUGUGCAUGUGUGAUAGAGAGAUGGAAAUGUUUCUAAUGAAACUUUAGCAAAAACACAGUAUAGUAAAUAACUGGAAGCACUAAUUCUCUCUCUUGGAGAAUGUAUUCUACAUGACUGAUCUGUUGUAACUAAAUGUACUACUAAAUUUGAAUGUAGUAUUUAUUAAAUGAUCAUC